UAUUAUAUGGGGAUUCCCAACGGACAAGGAAUUCCGAGUAAUGCAAGUAGGGGUUACCACACGUUCUGGAAAAGCUUUUAUCUAAUAGUCUAGACGGACAUGCAGCGACAACGAACUCUCCGAUCAUAUGAGUUCGGUCUUGGUGAAAAAUUCUUAAACCCGAAUAACUUCGACCCGUAAGGUGCGUGUUGAUGCCCAAAGGCAUCAGAGUCCUACUUCGUCUCCGUAAUUUUAAACGGGACAUUUCUCUUUUCACUGCAACGUACUCUGCCCCAUACAUUACCGGUGUUAUCUUCACGUGACUGACUCUGAGCUUGCGUUCUCAGUCCCCACCCCUCUCUCUCUCUCUCUUUCUGCUCUCUUCACCUCUCUCUCCCAUGGCUUUACUCCCUGCGAAGGAAGAAACAAAAUGGACCAGCCAUGUCGUCAUGUAGACCAUGAUUGCUAGAUUUCCUCCUUAACGAAGCAGCCGCAGGCAGAGUAGAGAACAAGACGACAGAAGGAAGAACCCUUCCCACUGCCAAAUCUCAUGUCCCUCUAACAAUGCCGGAGCUAAAACAACCUUUCUUCCUUGCCCCCCUUCUUCUUCAUCUUCUUGUUACAGUCUCUGCGUCUUCCGGGUCGACCGGUCGACUUCCGUCCGACGCGGCGGCUCUGCUCUCAUUCAAGUCGAAGGCGGAUUUAAAAGGGAACCUCCCGUUCUCUACCAAUGGCAGCCUCCGCUACUGCAGCUGGGCCGGCGUCACGUGCCUCCAAGGCCGAGUGGUCCGGCUGGUCGUCGAGGGAUUUGAUCUCGGCGGCGUUUUUUCGCCGGACUCGCUUAGCCGGCUCGACCAGCUCCGGGUCCUCAGCCUGCAGAACAACUCACUCUCCGGGCCCAUCCCCGACCUCUCCGGCCUCGUCAACCUCAAGACCCUCUUCCUCGACCAUAACUCUUUCUCCGGCCCCUUCCCGCCGUCGAUCUUCUCCCUCCACCGCAUCAGGACCGUCGAUCUCUCCCACAACAACCUCACUGGGCCGCUCCCCCCGUCAUUGACCAAGCUAGACCGGUUGAACUACCUCCGGCUCGACUCGAACCGCUUCAACGGGACCGUCCCGCCGCUUAACCAGUCCUCCCUCCAGACGUUCAACGUCUCCGGCAAUGAUCUCAACGGCGCAAUCCCGGUGACCCCUGUGCUCUCCCAUUUCGGGGUGUCUUCGUAUCUGCCGAGCUCGGGGCUUUGCGGCGAGAUCGUGCACAAGGAGUGCCGCCCAGGGCCGCCAUUCUUCAACUCUUCCGCACCGGUGGUGGCAGCGCCGCCGCCAGGGGCAGUGACGCUUGGACAGAGCGCAGAGCUCCACGGGGUGAACCUCACCGGACCACCCCCACGAGGCGACCACAAGCGGACCCCGCUUAUCAUCGGGUUCUCGUGCGGGGUCCUCGUCCUGGUGGGAUCGGUCGUCUGCUUCGUGCUGGCUCUGAGGAGGCAGAGGACGAGGUCCCGAGCUGGCACAGAGGCGGACGAGGCGGAAUACGUGGCUGCGGCCGCCCAAGAGGCGGCAUUGGUGCGGGUGGAGCAGGAGGCCGAGCUGGAGGAGAAGGUGAAGAGGGUGCAGGAAGGGAUGAUGCAGGUGGGGGCGGGAGCCGGAGUGGGGAGGAGCGGCAGCCUGGUAUUCUGUGCAGGGGAGGCGCACCUGUACACGCUGGAGCAGCUGAUGAGGGCGUCGGCGGAGCUGCUGGGGAGGGGAACGGUGGGGACCACGUACAAGGCGGUGCUGGACGGCCAGCUGAUCGUGAGCGUAAAGAGGCUCGACUCCGGGAAGGUGGCGGGGGUGAACAGGGAGGCGUUCGAGGGGCACAUGGAGGCCGUGGGCGGUCUCCGCCACCCGAACUUGGUCCCACUCAGGGCUUAUCUGCAGGCCAAGGAAGAGAGGCUCCUCAUCUACGACUAUCAGCCCAACGGCAGCCUAUUCUCCCUCAUUCAUGGUUCUAAAUCGUCACGGGCGAAGCCGCUCCACUGGACGUCAUGCCUGAAGAUAGCCGAGGAUGUUGCCCAGGGCCUGUCUUACAUCCACCAGGCGUGGCGGCUCGUGCACGGCAACCUCAAGUCCUCCAAUGUCCUUCUGGGCCCUGACUUCGAGGCCUGCGUGUCCGACUACUGCCUCGCCACUCUCCUCCUUCCCAACCCUCUGCCACCACCCGAUCACGACAAUGAUCCGAAUCUUUUGGUGUACAAAGCCCCAGAGACCCGCCACUCCACCCGGUCCCAGCCCACCACCAAGUCGGACGUCUACGCCUUUGGCACCCUGCUCCUGGAGCUCCUGACCAGCAAGAACCCGUCACAGCACCCGAAUGUGGAGGGGGCACAAGCAGAGGAAGUGAUGGGUUGGGUGAGGUCGACGAGGGAAGACGAUGGGGUGGGAGGGGACGAUCGGUUAGGGAUGCUACUCGAAGUGGCCUUGGUGUGUAGGCUGAGAUCGCCGGAGCAGAGACCAACUAUGUGGCAAGUAUUGAAGAUGUUGCAGGAGAUCAAGGAGGGGGUGGGGGAGGAUGAUCAUGAAUUGGACCUACACAGCAACAAUGGAUCUGUCUCUUAGCUUUCAACGUCUCCUUCUCUCUAUAGUAUUGUAGCUUUCUUUGUACUAUAAUUUGACAAUUUCAGAUGAAUAGAAAUUAUUCAAGAGAUAGACCUAAAUUUCGUUUUAUGCCUCA